AACCCAGUUGACACUGGCCCACUUGACCCUGAUCUUUUUGAUGAUGGUCCUCGAUUUGGCUAUCCUGGAGUCCGCACCUCUGUCAAAACGCCUCCUGUAAAAGUUGGUGGUCAACAAAACAGUAACCCAGGUGCCACUGGCUGGCCUGGACAUCAGCAUCAUGGUGGUGGUCAGGGACCUGCCAGACCUGGAAACCCCCCCGCUGGUGGACAAUUCAAUUAUCCUGUAAACAGACCUCCUGUAAAAAAGGAUGGCUUUCACUUUUCUGGUUCCUCCAAGUCUCGGAAAAGAGGCUCUCAUCAUGCCAAAAAGUAUCAUGCAUCACGUGGUGGCUUUCACUUUUCUGGUUCCUCCAAGUCUCGGAAAAGAGGCUCUCAUCAUGCCAAAAAGUAUCAUGCAUCACGUGGUGGCUUUUACUUUUCUGGUUCCUCCAAGUCUGGGGAAAGAGGCUCUCGUCAUGGCAAAAAGUAUCAUGCAUCACGUGGUGGCUUUCACUUUUCUGGCACCUCCAAGUCUGGGGAAAGAGGCUCUCGUCAUGGCAAAAAGUAUCAUGCAUCACGUGGUGGUCACCACAGCAACCCAGGUGGCAACGGCUGGCCUGGACAGCAUCCUCAUGGUGGUGGUCCUGGACCUGCCAAACCUGGAACCCCCACCUCUGGUGGCCAAGUCAAUUAUCCUCCUGGACCUGGUGGUGUUCAGCAAAGCAGUACCCAGGUGCCACGGUUUGGGAUGCAAUUAUCCUUUUGAUGAUGGUCCUGGACCUGCCAAACCUGGAACCCCCCCAUCUGGUGGCCAAGUCAAUUAUCCUGUCAAAAGACCUCCUGUAAAAGUUGGUGGUCAACAAAACAAUAACCCAGGUGGCUGGCCUGGACAGCAUCCUCAAGUCGGUGGUUCUGGACCUGCCAAACCUGGAAACCCCCAAGCUGGUGGACAAUUCAAUUAUCCUCCCAAAGGGCCUCCUGUAAAAGUUGGUGGUCAACAAAACAAUAACCCAGGUGGCUGGCCUGGACAGCCCCCUCAUGGUGAUGGUCCGGGACCUGCCAAACCUGGAAACCCCCAAACUGGUGGACAAUUCAAUUAUCCUCCCAAAGUGCCUCCUGUAAAGGUUGGUGGUCAACAAAACAAUAACCCAGGUGGCUGGCCUGGACAGCCCCCUCAUGGUGGUGGUCAGGGACCUUUCAAACCUGGAAACCCCCAAACUGGUGGACAAUUCAAUUAUCCUCCCAAAGUGCCUCCUGUAAAGGUUGGUGGUCAACAAAACAGUAACCCAGGUGUCGCUGUCUGGCCUGGACAGCAUCCUCAUGGUGGUGGUCCAGGACCUGCCAAACCUGGAAACCCCAACUGGUGGACAAUUCAAUUAUCCUCCCAAAGUGCCUCCUGUAAAAGUUGGUG